UAUGGAUCUGCAAAUCUCAGUUUUUCUUCUGUUCGUGCUGUUCACUGCAGGACAGUCUCGUAACUGCUAUCAGUGCACAAGUUUGGCGAGCUCUUGUGACCAGGUAACAUGUCCUAAUGGAUUUUCCAACUGCUUAGGCGCAACACUAGAUAUUGUCAACUAUACUAAAUUGACAGUGAAAACUUGUGGUCCACUUGUCUGUCCAAGUGGGUCUAUCAACCUUGGCAUUGGAAAAAUCUCCUCUUACUGCUGUAACACAGACCUGUGUAACUCCCAAAAUGCUCCAGAUCCCUCUAACACUGCCAAUGGAAAGUCAUGUUACUAUUGUGAUGGGAAGAACUGCUUGAACACAGUGAGCUGCACAGGGAGUGAAGACCGCUGCAUUAAAGCAACAGGGAAUUUUGGAAGCCAGUCAUUGGUUGUAAAAGGCUGUGUCUCUAAAUUUAUUUGUGACGCCACGUCAUUUAUUCCUAAUGUUGAUGGAAUCUCAUGUUGUGAGGGGAACCUGUGUAACGGUGCUCAGAGUGUCUCCCAGAGCUUCCUGUUCCUCUGCUGUUCUCUGCUCUCCUACUUCCUGCUGCACUGAAUCCAACAGCUCCUCACAUCCUACAAUCAGACAGACUGUACUGAAUAUAGCUUGUAUUUUCUCUGUACUGUAUUUGAUGUUCUGAUGUAAUUUUUUGCUGUGAAAUUCUGUUGACAUUUUCUGAAAUAAAAUACACAGUAAAAAUC